AUGUUCUAUUGCAACGGCCAAAGCAUCAUCCCAUGGGACAGAGCCUUGCCAGAGGGGACUGAGGAGUACAGGGUUUGCUCCAUGUACUAUGACCGUGGCACCUUUUACGCCAUCAACUACGAUGCGACCAAGUAUCAGGUAGGCGAUGGCGACGACGGUGACGGACCUGCUUGCCCUGAGCAUGGCGGCCACAAUAGCCCUCACUAUAUGGACUGGUUCUGCCUGGGAUUUCGUGAUGCGGGAGAAGCACCCGAUAGAUGCCGCCUCUCAUCGGCGACUGUACCGAUCGGACAACAUACAUUAUGCGCGCAUCUAUCUCGGGAACAUUGGCCGGGACAAUUGUUCUCCGAAAUCUACCACGCAGAUGACCAAAGUCAGAAAGGUGGGCUGGUUGGUGAGCUGCCUAUAAUCCUGGCACUCGUAGCAUUCUCGAUCCAUCCCCAACUUCUCCAGUACGCCCUCAUCAGCCAAUUCUGUAAUGGAGUUUGGACAUUGGACCCCGACCAGCAGCACGGGCGUUUCGCCAGACGCGGCAUGGUCGUCACCGUUUGGUGCGCUCCCUCAUCGAGCCGAGCUGCCCUGGAAGCAUACGAGUUGGGUGGAUACGGAUGCAUGUUCCACUGA